AUGUGUCAACAUUGGUCCUUUCUCCAGGAUGAGCCAGCGCCUGCCAAAAAGCCAAAGACUAGCAGCAACCCACAAGUUUUUAUGGAUAUCAAACUUGGCAGUCGGGAUUUGGGGAGGAUUGUCAUUGAGCUGAGAGCAGACGUAGUUCCUAGAACAGCAGAGAAUUUCCGAUGUUUGUGCACACACGAGAAAGGCUUCGGCUACAAGGGUUCUUCAUUUCACAGAAUUAUCCCUCAGUUUAUGUGUCAAGGUGGAGAUUUCACCAAUCACAACGGGACCGGUGGCAAGAGCAUAUAUGGACACAAGUUUGAGGACGAGAAUUUCACGCUCAAACACACAGCUCCAGGGAUCCUGUCUAUGGCCAACUCUGGACCCAACACAAACGGAUCCCAGUUCUUCUUAACAACAGAGAAAACAGACUGGCUGGACGGCAAACACGUGGUGUUCGGCAAGGUCGUCGACGGCAUGGAUGUGGUCAGGAAGAUAGAGGUAAGGUGCCCGUUUCAUCUGGUCACAUGGCCUGGUCAAUAA